AUGUCUCUUUUAUUAAGAUUUGUUGAUAAAGUUUGUUUAAUACAAGAGAGAUUUUUUGAUGUGCCACAUGUUAAAGACACCACAUUUUUAACUCUUAAGGAAGAAAUAUGUGAUAUACUUUCUCGACAUAACCUUGAUGUUUCUAACAUUCGUGGCCAAGGGUAUGAUGGUGCUAGCAAUAUGAGAGGAGAAUGUAAUGGUUUACAAGCCCUCUCUAUGAAGGAUUGUCCUUAUGCAUACUAUGCUCAUUGUUUUUCUCAUCGAUUGCAACUUGCAUUAGUUACAUCAUCAAGAGAAGUCAAACUUGUUCAUAAAUUUUUUGAGAAGCUGAUCUUUGUUGUGAAUGUUGUUUUUUCUUAUACAAAGCACCAUGAUGAGUUACAAGCUGUCCAAUUAGAAGAAAUUUCUUAUUUGUUAAAGAUUGAUGAGAUUGUAACUGGUAAAUGUGAAAAUCAAGUUGGUACAUUGAAACGAUCUGGAGAUACUCGCUGUGGAUCACAUUACAAUUCUAUUUCUAUCUUGAUAAAUAUGUAUGAAGCAACUUGUUUAGUUUUUAAAAAAAUUGCAAAAGAUAGAGAAAGUUAUGCUACACGUGGGGAUGUCGAUAGUUCUUACAAUUACUUGAAGGCAUUUGAUUUUAUAUUUAUUUUGCACUUGAUGAAAGAAAUCAUGGGAAUAACAUAUAUGUUUUGUCAAGACUUACAAAAAAAUCAAGAUGUAGUUAAUGUUAUGAACUUGAUUCGUUCAACAAAACAUCUUAUUCAAGGUUUGAGAGAAAAUGGUUGGGAUAUAUUGUUUACUAAAGUGAUAUCUUUUUGUGAAAAGCAUGGUAUUGAGAUUUCUGAUCUUAUUGAUGUUCAUUCAACAACAAGAUUUGGACGCCCCCGUCUUGAAGAGAAUCAAGUCACAAUUAAACAUUACUUUAAUGAAAUAUUUUUCACUACCAUUGACAAACAGUUACAAGAGUUUAAUAGCAAAUUCAGUGAGCAAACAAUGGAUUUGUUAACUUUUUCUUGUUCUUUGUCUCCUAAGGAUGGAUAUAAAGCUUUUAGCAUUGAUACUAUUUGUUCUUUAGUUGAAAAAUAUUAUCCUAUAGAUUUUUUUAUUAAUAGACUACUUCGUCUUAUCAUGACUCUUCCCGUUUCUACGACCACAACUGAUCGAGGUCUUUUUCAGCAAUGA